UAAUUAAUUAUUUGCAAAAAAGAACAUAACUCCAUUGACGCAGCCGCUCUAUCUUUCUUCGAUAGACGCAUCUUCGAGCUCCUACAUCUCCGAGCUCUCUCUCUUGAUCUCUGACAUCUCCGAGCUCUCUCUCUCUCGAUCUACACAUCUCCGAGCUCUCUCAUCUCCGGCUUGCGCUCUUUCUUCUCUGACGCAGACCACGAGCUCUCUCAUCUUCGGCUCGAGCUCUCUCAUCUCGACGCAAACCUCGAGCUGUCUCUUCUCCGGCUCGAGCUCUCUCAUCUCCGGCUUGCGCUCUUUCUUCUCUGACGCAGACCACGAGCUCUCUCAUCUUCGGCUCGAGCUCUCUCAUCUCGACACAAACCUCGAGCUCUCUCUUCUCCGGCUCGAGCUCUCUCAUCUCUGACGCUGACCACGAGCUCUCUCAUCUCCUCCGAUUUGGGUUUCAAGCAUUGUUGAGGCCUUCAAGAUCCUGAUUCUGUGUUGGGUUCACUCACACGUGAGAUCAAAGAAGUUGGGCCUGAUGGGCAGGAGGUGACUAAAGUUGUACCUGCUGUUACGGAAGAAGUGACAAUCUCUUAAUAGCUUUUCUCGAGCUAGACCAAACCCAUCUCUUCCUUUUCUCGUUGAGGCUCUCUCGUCUCAAGCUGACACUCUCAAGUUCAAGAUGACAAAAGAUAACUGGCCUCCUGAGGAGACUAGAUACUUUUUCCAACUUUAUGCCGAAGAGAGAAGAAAGGGAAAUAGGACCAGUACGUCUAUGAAUAAAGUAGGGAAGGAGAACAUCAUGGUGGCGUUUGAAGACAGGUUUAAGAAAGGAUAUGAUUCUUGGCAGACUUUCAAGAACAAAUACGACACAAGUAGGAAGAAAUACACCAAGUUUAGGAAGUUAACUAAGAAUAGGACAGGGCUUGGGUUUGAUAACUUGGGCUCGGGAUAUCCAACUAGGACGGGGUAUCUUGGUCCGCACCGGAGUAUGCGAUAUCAUCUUGGUCAGUUUGCUAGAGGAGGACCACCAGUUAGUGCACGAGAGUUGUUCAACCGAAAGCAUUCAGGAUUGCGAUCAGUGAUUGAGAGGACAUUUGGAGUAUGGAAAGCAAAAUGGAGGAUUUUGGAUCGUAAGCAUCCAAAGUAUGGUCUGGUCAAGUGGAUUAAGCUUGUGACAGCGACGAUGGCGCUACACAACUUCAUACGUGAUUCACAUCGGGAAGAUCAUGAUUUUGUACAAUGGCAAAGCGAUGAUAAUGGAGAAAGAGAAGGAGAAGCAGAAGGAGCUGAUGGUGACGAAGAAGAAGGAGAAGAAGGUGAUGAUGAUGAUGAUGAUGAUGAUGGUGGUGGUGGUGGUGGUGGUGGUGGUGGUGGUGGACAUAUUGUAUAUGAGCCGACCGGUGAUAGAGCGAUGGAAAGUUUGCGUAAGAGCAUCACAGAUGAAUAUGGUAGAGGUCGUUUACCGUAUUAAAUGUUUUAGUUAAUGACUUUUUUUUUUGCUUAUAACUUUGAUUAUCAGUUCUAUGAGAUACUUGAAAUAUUUGUUUUAUUUAUUUAAGACUUGAUGUAUUAUUUAACUUUUGAUUAUGAUAAAAAAUGUUGUUAAAUUUAUUACUAAUUAAAUAUAAUAUUUUGAUGAA